GGGCCAAGCAGAUGAAACCGGUCCAGGAUGAUUAAAGCCCAAUUAUUUUGCAGCUACCCCGCCGUGGCUUAGGGUUUUACUUUACCCCGUCCUGGAACUGGAAAACCAGAGUCAGUUGGAGAGUGCAAAAUGUCUGAAGUCAAUGCCAGCCCUGAAAUCCCUCAAAACAACACUAUCUACAUCAACAACCUCAACGAGAAGAUUAAGAUUGAUGAAUUGAAGAAGUCUUUGAAAGCCGUAUUCACUCAGUUCGGAAAGAUACUCGAGGUGUUAGCUUUUAAAACCCUCAAGCACAAAGGUCAAGCUUGGGUGGUCUUUGAGGAUGUCUCUUCUGCUUCCAAUGCUCUGAGGCAAAUGCAAGGUUUCCCCUUCUAUGACAAGCCCAUGAGAAUACAGUAUGCAAAGACCAAGUCUGAUAUAGUAGCCAAAGCAGAUGGUACUUUCGUUCCUAGGGAAAAGCGUAAGAGGCAUGAUGACAAAGGCAAAAAACGGAAGGACCAACAUGAUGCUAAUUUAGCUGGAAUGGGCCUAAAUCCAGCUUAUUCUGGUGCUUAUGGUGCAACACCUGCUAUACCCUAUCCAGGUGGUGCAAAAUCUAUGGUACCUGAGGCACCUGCACCUCCAAAUAAUAUUCUCUUUAUUCAAAAUCUUCCCAAUGAGUCCACUCCGAUGAUGCUGCAAAUGCUCUUUCUCCAAUAUCCUGGAUUCAGGGAAGUUAGAAUGGUUGAAACAAAACCAGGAAUUGCCUUUGUGGAAUAUGGAGAUGAGAUGCAAUCCACAGUGGCUAUGCAGGCGCUGCAAGGUUUCAAGAUAACCCCACAAAACCCUAUGUUGAUAACUUACGCCAAGAAAUAGAUAGUGGUUUCCUGAACUUAUGGUAUGAGAAGGGGAGGAAUCACAUUUUCAGCAGAGUUGUUAAUCCAUUUAACGCAGUGGUGUAUCUUAAUUGGUAUCUAGCUUUGAUUUGGGCAGCCUGAUUCGUGUGUAGUUAGGGAUAAUAACUGACAUUUUUAUACAAAUAUGUAUUUAAUAAAUUACUAGCUGGUUCAAAUUUAUCUGUUACAAAAUUAUUUUACUUUUUCUAGGAUUGUCAUUUGUCUUGCUUUCGCCUUAUUUGAUGAAUUUCCUGCAAUCAUUUACUGGGCGAAGUUCAACAAGUAAACACACGAUGCCUUCCUUGUGUAACUAUGUAAUCAUUUUGCUUUAUCUUCUUGUAAGGUGAUAUCUCUGCUUAAUUUUUGAA